AUGGUGCUGCCCCCCUGCCCGAUGGCGGACUUCGUGGUGCCGCGGCACAGCGCCGUCAUGGAGCGCCUCCGCCGCCGCAUCGAGCUGUGCCGGCGCCACCACAGCAGCUGCGAGGCCCGCUACGAGGCCGGGUCCCCCGAGCGGCUGGAGCUGGAGCGCCAGCACACCUUCGCCCUGCACCAGCGCUCCAUGCAGGCCAAGGCCAAGCGGGCCGGCAAGCACCGCCAGCCCCCGGCCAACGCCAACGCCAACGCCCACGCCGACCGACCCGCCGCCCCCGCCGGACCCCCCGGUCCCGCCGGACCCCCCGGACCGGACGCGCCGGCCGAAGGCGGCGUUGGCGGCGGCGCCAUGGCGCAACUGCAUGAAACAUUGAAAAAGAACCUGGAAGGUGCCGUCUCACCGCAGAACGGUGAUCAGCCAAACGGCUACGGGGACGUGUUUUCAGUGUCCAAGAAAAUGUGGCGCCACAACCCCCUAGGCGGGACGGUUCCUACCAAUGGGAUGCCCCCGCCGUCACCACGGCGCCCGCUGGCCAAGUCGUGCGGGGGCGAAGCCUCUCAUACCAACGGGCCGGUGGGCGCGGACCCCAAGUGCCUCCCGGAGGCCAGCCUGCGGCCGAACGGGCGCGGGGGUCCGGACGACCCGGCGGCCCCAGGCCCCAGCAAGGAGCUGAAGCAGGAGCCGGCGGACGACCUGCCCUGCCUGGUGGCCGGAGCCGGGCCCGCCGGGGCCCAGAGCAGCCUCAUGUCCGACCUGAACCUGAACGAGCAGGAGUGGAAAGAGCUCAUCGACGAGCUGAAUCGCUCCGUCCCCGACGAGGACAUGAAGGAUCUAUUCAAUGAGGACUUCGAGGAGAAGAAGGAGCCCGAGACCCCGAACUGUGCCACGCGGACCCCCCCGGUGCAGGAGGUCCACGUCAAGACAGAGUUCUCUCCUGCCGCCUUUGAGCAGGAGCAGCUCGGCUCUCCCCGGGGGAGGGGGGCGGCCGGGCAGGGCUUCGGCCCCGGGGGCGCCGCUUCUCCGCACGCCGUGUUCCAGCCAGGGGCUGACGCCCCGAGCCGGACCCCGAUGCAGGCACCCAACCCGCAGCCGCCCGGCGGGGCCAGGCCUGUGCUCCCCAGGCCGGGGCCGGCCAAAGAGAUGUCCUCGUCCCACCAGCUCCAGCAGAUGGCCGCCAAGCAGAAGAGGGAGCAGAUGCUGCAGAGCCAGCAGGCCCAACAAGCCCACCAGGCCGGCCAGCUCUCCGGCUGGCAGCCGGCUGGACCCGCCCACAGUCCCCUGGCCGUCUCCUACGGCUUGGAGGGUCCCACCAGCCCCGCGGUCUUCCAGCCAGACUUCGGGGGCCAGAAGCUCGUGAUGCCCAAAGUGCCGACCAAGGGCUCCCCCCGGCCCCCGACCGCCUACCACGUGAGCUUGUUGUCCCAUCAGGCCGGGACCCUGAGCGGCCAGAACCUGGCCAACGGCCAGGGUCCCAUGCUAGACUACGGCAACACCAAGCCCCUCUCUCAUUACAAAGCGGACUGCGGGCCGGGCGGCCCCGGGCCCGGCCCGAGCAAGUCCCCCAUGUUGGCCUACCUCCAACAGCAGCUGCCGCCACCGCCACCCUUGAGCGAGGAAUCGAGCGGGAUGUUUCUGUUGAAGCAGAAGGCUGCCAAUGGGCCCUUCAGACCGCUGGUUCCGCCUGGCCAGGACCAGAAUCCUCCGGCCACGGUACCCCGCGGGCCUGGCCCGGGACCCCCUGCCUCGGGUGGCUCCGGGGCGGGGAGCCAGCCUCCGGCCGUGUCCAUGGCCAACACCCACAACAGCACAGCCUACCUGGGCUCCCAGCAGCAGCAACAGCAGCAGGUGGCAGUGGCAGCGGCCUUGAAGCAGCAUCACAUGUUACUGGAGAAGCAUCUGAUGGAACAGCAGAAGCAGUUUCUCUUGGGGCAAAGGCAGCAGCUCCUGGCCGAGCAAGAGAAACAGCGUCAGGAACAACAGCUGCAGCGGCACCUGACCCGCCCUCCACCUCAGUACCAAGAUCAGACCCAGACCACUUACCAGCAGCAGGCCGGACCAUUCCCAGGGUCUCCGACGGCCAUGGCGGGAGUGAGCGGCCUGGGCCCGCCCACUUCGAGCAGCCCCCGGAUGUUCCCUCAGCCUCAGAACAUGAUCCAGGUUGGGGCGGGCCCCAACUCGGUGCCCUCGGUGGCCCCGGCCUCCAGCCAGCUGGACCGGGCCGGGCCCCGCUUCCCUGGCCUGCAGGCUCUGCAGCAGCAGCGCGGGGGCCUGUACAGCGUUGCCCCCGGCAUGCCCCAGGUGGGCCCUCAGCACAUGACGUCCAGUGCCAGCGGGCAGCCCCAAGGCCAGCGGCAGCCUGGACUCGGCCCAGCUGGCACCGUCCCUCCGGGCUAUGGGCAGAGCUCCUUGGCCAACUCUGGGCUUUCACAGCAGCAGCAGCAGCAGCAGCAGAACAAGGGGGCCCUGAAUCCCGCCUUGUCCAAGCCACAGUUGUCCAGAGGGCCGGCGGUCCUGGGAGGACAGAACCUGUCGUGGCAGCACCCGGGCCUCCCAGCUCUGAAUAGCCAGGGGCCCACGACUGGCAGCCUGGGCCCCUUCACGGCUGGCACCGCCUUCCACGUGCAGCCAGCCCACCUGAAGCUGGCUGGUCAGCCGUUCCCCCAGGGGGUGGCCCAGGUAUCCCUGAGUGGCGGCCGGCCCGCGGCCCCGCUAGCUGCCGGGGGGCAGAUGAUGCCGGCCAUGGGCACACCCCAGAGGACCAACCCGCCGCCGGGCCUGCCCGGGGUGGGCCAGGUGGUCCCAGACCUGGCCCCGUUCGGCCAGGCCCCGGCCCCGCCGCUGGCCGGCCGUGCUGCCCUGCUCUGCGGUCAGGGGUACCAGGUGAGGACGCCAAGCCAAGAGCUGCCUUUCGCCUAUGGUGGCGGGCAGGUGGGCAGCGGGGCCGUGCAGAACCUCCCUGGCGACACCGACCUGAUCGACUCCCUGCUUAAAAACAGAACUUCGGAGGAGUGGAUCAACGACUUGGACGAGCUCUUAGGCGCCCAUUGAAACGGAGCCUGCUGCUCGGAGAUGGUGGAAGGGUGAUGGGCAGGGGGGCGGACGGGGAACCAACCGCGGAGGGGCUUGUUGAAGUUUCUCCAGCCAGUGGAAGAGUUUUUGCUUUCAUUUUCAAGGGAUGGCUCGUCUGCGCUUGGACCAAAACCCCAGUGAAUUGUGG